GAAGAUAAUAAAAAGGAUAAUACUGAGAACCACACCCUAUUUUGCUCUGCUGAAAAGAAGAAAAGAGGAAAGGAAAUCUACAAGGUCGAAGAGAAUGGAAGCUAACGCUCUCGGCUGUUCUCUCAUAUCCUCAAACCCAUCAAGGUUCUUCCACAACCCUGUUAGCUACAGAUUAUCUCCGCAACCUCACCGGAAUCGUCGUCAUCAAUCUCUAAGAAUCAAAGCUGGUCCUAGUGGCAGCAAUGACAGUGUGAACGAUGGCGACAUUCCACCACCACCAACAUCACCAAUCACACCGCCAGACACAGUUGAGAUUAGGUUCCGGCGAGGAUCAAGAAAAAGAUCUAAACAGGAGAAACUGGAUCCUACUGGUGAAAGACCCAAGCCUCCUAAAAAAGAAUGGGAAGCCAUGACCUAUACAGAGAAGGCAAUUGAGCUGUACAUGGGAGAGAAGGGGCUUCUUUUCUGGUUAAACAAGUUUGCAUACGCCUCCAUCUAUAUAAUCAUAGGUGCAUGGAUUCUGUUCCGCUUCGUUGGUCCUUCACUCGGGUUUUAUCAACUAGAUGCUCCUUCUUUGACACCAAGUGAUAUUCUGCUCAAACCAUAAAACCAGCCAAGGAAUUGAAGGAAUAAAGGAAAUGAAAUUUACAUCACCAACAUCAACUUGUUACCAAUCUUAUCCAUUUAUCUUGUUUCUCGUCUCUACUUCUCUAAAUUACAUUUUGGUUCUACAACUAACGAUUAGACAUAAAAGCAAACUGGUGUAGGCGAGGAACAAAAUUAAUUAACGGUCUCCAGAUCGGGUUUUCCUCAACCUGCCGCGUGUCAUCCGAAUAGCUUCAUUCAUGACUGUAUCUUGCUGUGGUUGGUUUGCAUUUUCAUUUGCUGCAGCUGGAACUGGUUCUUUCUUACUUAUUUCUGCUUCAACAUUCGAAGGUUUACUAAUACUGGAAGGAAGAGCAGUCUCACUAGCAAGUAGCGCAGCAACUGUUGUUUGUGCACUGACUGCUGCUGCUACAACUGCUGCAGUUACUGAGGGUGCUAGAGGUUUUGGAUGAGAAACAACUGUCUCUUGAGCUGGCUCCUGUUGCUCUUCAGUUGUGCCUGUACUAGCAGUGCGUGUUGGCUGUUGAGUCGUACCUGUGCUGGAAGUACGAGACGGCGGUUGUGCAGUAGGGGGAGCUGCUGGACGAGGUCUGACAUUAGCAGGAGGUUGGCGAGCCUCUACACCCUGCUGUUGCUGCAUAAGGAAUUUUAGUUGGUCACAAAGUCACUUUAUAUUGUAAUAGCAUUUUCCACGGUAAUUUGGUUUUUAAAGAGUGCAAUAAAAUCAGAUAAAGGUCACAGUAAUCGGUUUCAUUGAGUUGCAAUACGAAAAUUAUACUGCGUUUCUA